UGUAUCACUCAAACAAUCGAGAUAUUUACCUAGUAAUCGUCUCAUCAAUCAAUACCUAGGUAGGUACUAUUAGGCAUUUUAUAGCGGGGUUACCUAGCUAUGAGGAUUGUCAGCAUGGGAUAAGAUUAGAUGAGCAGGUACGAUGUGAGAAUUUUUGGGAUUGGGUUUGUGAGGUGAUCAAUACUAACUAAUACUACCUUCGGUAUACCUUGGGAUUUCUCUUCGAUUGAUUCAACAACAUCAUUGUCUAUAUUCUAUUCGUUUACUAAAAAGCUUUGAAUACAAGUGAGGAUUCAGAAGAUGGAGGAAGUAAGUACCAGUCAUCCAUUGGUUUGGAUUGAUUGUGAGAUGACAGGACUGGAUGUUGAAAACGAUGUCAUUAUUGAAAUUUCAUGUGUCAUUACGAAUGGAAAUUUGGAGGUGAUGGAUGAGAAGGGGUGGAAUGCUGUGAUUCAUCAGGAGCAAGAGACGAUGGAUAAAAUGGACGAAUGGUGUACCACAACCCACGCCUCUACUGGCCUAACCUCCGAAGCUCUCUCCUCCACCACUACUCCCACCGAAGCUGCCGAGUCUCUCCUGGCAUACAUCAAAUCAUGGGUUCCCGAACCCGGUCGCGCAUUACUCGCUGGAAAUAGUGUUCAUGCCGAUAAAGCAUUUUUGAGUAAAGGACCUUAUAAACAAAUAAUCGAGCAUCUACAUUAUCGAAUCUUGGACGUGAGCAGUAUCAAGGAAGCUGCCAAGCGUUGGUGCGAUUUAAGACUCUUGGUUGAUCAACCAAAGAAACAGGGAAAACAUCGAGGGAGAGAAGAUAUUCUGGAGAGUAUUGAGGAGGCAAGAUAUUGGAAGGAGAGGGUUUUUCAACAAGUACCUGUUGCGAAGUGAGGAUUUGGUAGAGUUAGUUUUUAUAUGCUGAAUUUCUGAUUUCGUUAGGCAUGAAUGAAGAUGAACAGAUGCUUUCGUGGCAUUGAUGAGUGGGAUGAUCAUGUUGAUACUUUGUUGUGAGUACCUAUAUUUGUGCAGAUUGAUACCCCCAACGAAGAGAAUGGAGGGCUGCAUUGCUACGUUAUGGGAAUGGCAGAUUGUCGAAGUUAGGUACUGGAUCAUCAGUAUCAAGAAUACGACUUUAGCUAGUAGACAAUACUGCCAAUUUUUCUUCAUAGCUCCCUUCUUAUCGUAUGAUAUGCAUGUGGUGUUGAAGGGAACUGGUUGCAUACCAUGGCCACCUGCAACGGCAACCUUAUAUGGAAAACCACCCGAUAAUCUUCAAUUGGGACAGUGGCAUAAUUACAUAUAUCAGGAUUUGUCAUGGAAGCUUAAGAGACGUCGGAGUUGUAUGGUUAGGUAUUGAAUUUU